AUGACCCUCUACUACAGUCUGGUCUUCCUCCUCUUGGUGACGGAGAUGCUCAUCUUCCUCGCCUUGAUCAUCCCAAUUCCUUUCACAUGGCGCCGCAAGCUGUUCACGUUCAUUUCGGAGAGUCCCUUGGUGGCCAAGUUACAAUAUGGAAUGAAGAUAACUUUUAUUUUCAUUCUCAUCCUUUUCAUUGACAGCGUCAACCGUGUGUAUCGCGUACAGGUUGAGCUCGCUGCCUUCUCCAAGACUGACAACGGUAGAGGAGCUGCCGUGAUGGGCGGAUCCGAGCGCAUGGAAGUCCAAGCACGCAAAUUCUACUCCCAGCGCAACAUGUACCUCUGCGGCUUCACCCUAUUCCUCUCCCUCAUCCUUAACCGAACCUACGUCAUGAUCCUUGAUGUUCUUCGCUUGGAAGAGGAGGUCAAGUCUCUCAAGGGUGACCCUGCCGCUAAGACCAAGGGCUCGUCGCUCAAGGAUAUUGGUGGCGCUGGUGAGGUUGGCCGUCUCAAGGAAGAGCUCGCAGCAAAGGAUCGCGAUAUGGAAAACCUGAAGAAGCAGGUUGAGAACAUGCAGCAAGAAUACAACCGCAUGGGCGACCAAGUAUCCGCCUCCAGCAAGUAA